UGGACAGAACGUGAAGUGAGCACCCCGCUUCUCAGGCAGGGCAUGGGCAUAGUCCUUGCCUUCGAUGUCCCCACUGCCUGCUGUGUCCUGGCUUCUCUGCCUCGUGGAGAACUGAAGAACUAGCACAGGAAGUGACAACAGGCCUGUCCUCCCUUGGGGAUGCAGUGGCUCCAGGCUGCACAGCAGUCAGCCUCAGGGACAUGGCCAUCGAAUGGACGCAGUUCUGGUCUCUGUCCCUGAGCAGUGAGAAAAGUGACCAAGACAAGUGUCUUUACAAGGUGUGAUGAAAAACACAGUGAAUUUUGCUGCCAAGCGCCAUCCAGUGGAAAGGAAGAUUUGUGAAACAUGGUGUGUCCUCAUCUACCUUGUUUACUGGACCUGGCACCACGUGACUUCUCUUUCCUAAAGCCAAAAUGAUCGUGAAAGUGAGGAUGGCUCAGCCGCUGGAGCAGGCCCUGGCGGCGAUCGUGCUCACCUUCCAGGAUUACGCCGGCGCCUCUGGAGAGAAGCCCAAGCUCUGCCGGGCGGAGCUCAAGGAGCUGCUCCGGAAGGAGCUGCCCACCUGGACCCCGACGGAGUUUCGGGAGUGUGACUACGACAAGCUCAUGAGUGCCCUGGACACCAACAAGGACAACGAGGUGGACUUCGAAGAGUACGUGCACUCACUCGCCCGCCUCUGUCUCUUCUGCCACGAGUACUUCAGGGAGUGCCCCCCAGAGCCUCCCUGCUCUCAGUAGCCUGCGCUCUGCUCUGGAGGCCAGUGCUGGCCUGAAAGGCGGGGUCUGGUCCAUCUCUGCCCUGAGGGGUCCGGGGCUCAUCUCCCUCACCCUCCCUCCCUUCGCUCCUGUACCCCUUUUGGUCUGGACCCCAUUUGCCCUCCUGUGCCAACUCUUUAACCAUGAGACCUUCCUGGAUGCCCAGCCAGUGAGGGGCAGGCAGCUCCCACCUGCACUUCCUCUCUCUGUGGGUGGGGAGGUGGAGUUUUGUCAUGAAGGCCCUGGAGGCCCAGCAGCGAGUGUGUAAAUGAAACCAUGGUGGAAAGGCCGGUGUAACUCCUAAUAAAGACAUGGCAUCAGCGUGGCUCCCUUA